AUGGGAAGGCCAGUGUUUGUAGUUCCUCUGAUCCUGUUUGCUGUGAUGCUGAUGGGCACUGGGGCCAAAAAUUGCGUGUGCAGCGGAAAAUCAAGGUGCCACUGUGAAGGAGUGAAAGGCAGCAGGGGAGACAAAGGUUUUGCAGGAGUUGUAGGUCCCCCAGGGCCGGAGGGCCGUCCAGGACCAGAUGGCCAUGUUGGACCUACGGGACCAAAGGGCAACACUGGGCCUCCUGGACCUGAGGGGCCAAAAGGCGAUCCGGGACCUGAGGGCAAAGAAGGAUUUGCUGGGUCUCAUGGUUUACCGGGUAUCCCAGGUUUACAAGGGCCUCCAGGACCCCCAGGGGCUCCAGGCUGCAAUGGGACAGAUGGAGAAGAUGGAUAUCCUGGUGUUCCUGGACCCAAUGGCAUUGACGGACUUCCAGGUCCACCGGGUCUGCCUGGACCUAAGGGUGAAUCCCAGAUAUUUGUGCAUCCAUUACCAGGCCCACCUGGACCACCCGGAAGGGACGGACAGCCGGGAUAUCCAGGUUUACCUGGAGAGCAAGGGCAACCAGGGGACGUUGGACCAUGGGGCUCUGUCGGGUUUCCUGGUCGAUCAGGGGCUCCAGGAGAGAAGGGUCAAGAAGGCACAGGUGGUGUCCCAGGACCACGUGGGCCAAAGGGGAGAUCAGGACCACGAGGCCCACCAGGGCCACCGGGUCGGAUUCGGCAGUUUUUGACUGAGAGUCUUGUACUAAAGGGUGGAAAAGGAGACCCAGGAGAUCUAGGAUUAAAAGGCUGCACGGGUGAACCAGGAGAACCUGGUUAUGGAUAUUACAUCAAAGGAGCGAAGGGAGACAAAGGACAGGAAGGUCCAGAAGGAAAGCCAGGGAAGGAUGGUGAUCCUGGACAAUCUGCAUUUAGGGGAAGGCCUGGCCCCAGAGGUGAUCCAGGAUAUUCAGGGACGCCAGGAGGGCCGGGUGAAAAGGGAAACAGAGGUCCACCUGGUCCACCUGGAGAUAUAAUAGAGCAUGUGACUGAACCCCUCAAAGGAUACCAUGGAGACACUGGUCCCCCAGGCCAACCUGGGCUUCCUGGGCGUCGGGGUGUUGUGGGGAUUCCUGGACCUGAUGGACCUCCAGGCCAGUUAUCUGGGAAUUAUGUGCCAGGCCCACGUGGUCCCACUGGCUAUCCAGGACCUAAAGGGGACCCUGGAGAGCCGGGGAAUGUGCAUACUGGACUCCCAGGUCCUGAAGGCGAUGAUGGUGAUCUGGGGCCCCCAGGGGAUCCAGGCCCACCUGGACCUCCUGAAGACAGAACUGGCAAGGUUACCAAGGGUCUCCCAGGAAUGAAGGGGCUGAGGGGGCCACCUGGACCUAUGGGACAUGAUGGGGUGUUUGGAAUGAAAGGAGAGAAGGGGGAGCUCUGUUUUGAUUGUUUCGAAUCAGGACCCCCAGGACCACCGGGUCCCCGUGGUGCACCUGGCAACCCUGGCUACACUCCAGGACCAGGUGCCAAAGGUGAUCCAGGUUUCCCAGGACCUAGAGGCUUACCUGGAAGACCAGGUCCUACUGGUGAAACGGGAUAUCGAGGACCUCCUGGGCGAAAAGGAGAGUCAUCCUCCUACAACAUCCCUGGAAUAAAGGGAGAGAAAGGAGACCCAGGACAGCCUGGCAGGCCUGGUCCAGGUGGCCUCCCUGGGACUCCUGGGCGCCCAGGUCGCAAAGGCAAUCAAGGGUCUCCAGGGGAUUCGUAUCCUUCCAUUGGUGCAGUGGGAGACCGAGGUUUCCCGGGUCCACCAGGGCCUUUAGGCAGACCUGGACCGGAUGGCUACACUGGGCCAGUAGGAUAUGGGCCUGCUGGAUUUCCAGGGAGUAAGGGAGAUGUUGGGGUACCUGGCCUGCCAGGACAGCCUGGAAUUCCUGGCCAGAAAGGGGAACCCGGCCACAUCCACAGCAAAGGACUUCCUGGUCCACGUGGCCUUAAAGGCCUCCCUGGCUCACCCGGAAGCCCAGGUUAUCCUGGAACAUCAGGUAACCCGGGAACACCAGGUGGACCAGGACAGAAGGGAGAGAGAGGUGAUGUGUCGGUUCCUGGAAGGCCUGGUCUCCCAGGACGGAAAGGUGACAAGGGCCAGCCAGGUCUACCAGGCUUUCCAGGAAGGGGUUUGCCUGGAAAGCAGGGUCCACCAGGCACUCCUGGUCCUUCAGGACCGAAGGGUGAUGGUGGCCCUGGAUACACUGGACCCCCAGGCCCCCCAGGGCGUCCAGGAGAGGAGGGAGCUCAGGGAACUGUAGGAGAUCCAGGGAUCCCUGGCCUACCUGGGAACCCUGGACAAAUUGGCAAUCCUGGUUUUCCAGGACAAAAAGGAAAUAAAGGUUCUGUAGGCCCCCCAGGACUACCUGGCCACAAAGAUGAAUGUAAAGGUUUACCUGGACCAUGGGGACCACCAGGACCAGAUGGUUCUCCAGGACAUCCAGGACCUAAUGGCUCACCUGGUGAGAAAGGAACUGCAGGUUUGCCAGGGUUUGGUCGUCCUGGCCCCCCGGGUGAGCCAGGUCACAUUGGGCCAUCAGUACCAGGUACACGUGGGGCUCCCGGACAAAAAGGGAUCCAGGGACAAAGCGGCCGCCCCGGUCAACCAGGACUGAGAGGGGAUCCUGGACCAGAUGGGCUGGCAGGAUAUGGACCAGAGGGAUUGCCUGGAAUUAUAGGACCGCCAGGCCAAAUAGGUGAACCCGGCCGUGAUGGAGCCAGAGGUCCCCCGGGUUCCCCGGGCAUGAAUGGGGAGCCAGGUCCCAGGGGUCCUCCAGGCCCUAGGCCACCACCAACAUUAAGCAUUAUUGGGCCCCCAGGGAAUCCUGGACAACCGGGUUACCCUGGUUUACCUGGUCCCGAUGGAGAUAUUGGAAGUAUUGGACCUAAAGGGUGGGGAGGAGGAGAGGGAGCACGUGGGCCCCAUGGACAAAGAGGUGCCCCAGGUGAUCCAGGUUUUGAUGGAGCAGGCAACUCAGAAGGAAAUCGAGGGCCUGCUGGACCCCCUGGAGACACAGGAGUCACAGGGCCUCCAGGCCCAAAGGGAAUAAAAGGAAACAGAGGAAUCCCCGGAGGGUCAGGUCCAGAUGGUGCACCAGGUUCACCUGGUUACAAAGGAGCUACAGGGGAGCCAAACUACUAUGGAUAUGGACCUCCUGGACCAGUUGGACAAAAGGGUGAACCAGGAUUGGCCAAUACUGAUGUGAUGAUGGGUCAGAAAGGUGAACCUGGUUCUUUUGGACCUGUAGGUGUACCAGGAUACCAUGGAGCCAAAGGAAACACAGGACCUGAUGGACAAAAUGGUUCACCAGGCUAUCAAGGACCUAAAGGUUCAGAUGGGCCUGCAGGAAGCAAAGGACGCCCAGGACCUAACGGACCACCAGGUAACCCAGGUCCAGUGGGUGUCGGUGGUCAUCCCGGUCCAAAAGGUAUCAUGGGCCGUGAUGGGAUCCCUGGACCACCAGGCCAAAAAGGAGAGACUGUCAUGAUAGGAGGGACGCCUGGCAUGCGUGGCAGCACAGGUCAACCAGGUCCCAUCGGGAACCCUGGUCCCCCUGGCUUCCCUGCUCCAGGGGGUCCUGGGUUGAUAGGAGACAAAGGAGCUUCAGGUCAACCUGGGGUCCCUGGUCCGAGAGGACUACCAGGAAGAGAAGGGCCUUGUAUUCCUGGGCCAAAAGGAGACCGUGGCCAUCCUGGCAAUCCUGGUUGGAUAGGCGGUCCCGGGUUGCCUGGCCCUCCAGGUCCCACAGUGGCUACGCUAAAAGGAGACACAGGGAACCCAGGUUUUACAGGAAGCCCAGGCUAUAGUGGACCCCCAGGAGAUACAGGUCCUCAAGGACCACCUGGUGUAAGAGGCAGACCUGGAGGCCUGGGACCAAGAGGUGAUUCUGGUCCUCCUGGAGUCCAAGGGCCCUAUGGUGAGAAGGGAGACCCUGGCUACAUCCCAGGUCAGCCUGGUCCACCUGGGGUUAAAGGUUUUCCUGGACGACCUGGCUUCAAAGGUGAACCAGGAAUUGGCAGGGUGAUAAGUGAACGAGGGCCUCCCGGCUUACCCGGUCCCACUGGCAAUCGAGGAUCCCCGGGAAGCGCUGGACCAUCAGGACCACCAGGCCAUAUAGGCCAGCCAGGCGUCAAAGGACAGCGUGGACCCAUCCAAGUCGGCCCGCCUGGAUUUACUGGCCGCAAAGGAGACAAAGGAAGAGCAGGACUACCAGGUCCAGACGGCAGACUCGGGGUCCCAGGUCAGAAGGGUCCUCCAGGGUUGCCAGGCAAAACUGGUCCUCAUCUUGCUGACACUUUCUUGAUAGCUAGACACAGUCAGAGCGUCCGUGUCCCUGACUGCCCUCAUGGCACCAGCCUCAUCUACUCUGGUUACUCCUUCCUCUUCAUCAACGGAAAUGAGAGAGCUCAUGGUCAGGACCUCGGCACCAUGGGAAGCUGUCUCCCUCGUUUCUCCACCAUGCCCUUCCUCUUCUGUGACACCGAAAGAAACUGCCGCUAUGCUUCUCGUAACGACUACUCAUACUGGCUUUCCACUGACAAGCUGAUGCCUGCCGACAUGGUUGCCAUCACAGGGGACAACCUGGCAUCCUACAUCAGCAGGUGCUCAGUGUGUGAAACCACUUCCAAUGUUAUAGCCAUCCACAGCCAGACAACUCUAAUACCUGAAUGUCCUCGAGGCUGGGAGUCCCUUUGGAGCGGAUACUCAUUUGUCAUGCAAACUGGUGCUGGUGCAGAGGGCUCCUCCCAGCCCCUGGUCUCUCCUGGUUCAUGUCUGGAAAGCUUCCGCCAAGUGCCCUUCAUUGAGUGUCACGGCAGGGGAACAUGUAACUACUACCCUGAUUCCUACAGCUACUGGCUGGCCUCCCUAGACCCCAACAACAUGUUCAGUAAAACUGUUUCUCAGACGGUGAAGGGACCGUCUCUGCAGAGGGUCAUCAGUCGCUGUCGAGCCUGCAGGAAAGUGUAA